AUGUCCAUCAAAGAACAUAAAGUGGUGCACGAAGCCCAAAACGUCGAAGUUCGUCAUGCUCCAGAACAUUUCUACAAGAGUCAGCCUGGUGCUGGUUAUGUUACUGAUAUGAACCAUUACCAACAAUUAUAUGACCAAUCAAUCAAUGACCCAGAGACUUUUUUCGGUGAAAAGGCCAAGGAAUUUUUGGACUGGGAUAAGCCAUUUACCAAGGUCCAAUCAGGAUCCCUAGACAAUGGUGAUGUUGCCUGGUUUUUGAACGGUGAAUUGAAUGCCUCUUACAAUUGUGUCGACAGACAUGCAUUCGCCGAUCCAUCCAAGCCAGCUAUCAUCUACGAAGCCGAUGACGAAAAGGACAACAGAGUUAUUACUUUUGGUGAUUUAUUAAGACAAGUUUCCGAAGUUGCUGGUGUCCUGAAAAGCUGGGGUGUCAAGAAGGGUGAUACCGUUGGUGUUUACUUACCGAUGAUUCCUGAAGCAGUGGUCGCAAUGCUUGCCAUUGCUCGUCUAGGUGCCAUCCAUUCCGUCAUCUUUGCCGGGUUUUCAGCAGGUUCUUUGAAAGAUCGUGUUGUUGAUGCCGGUUGUAAAGUUGUCAUCACUUGUGAUCAAGGUAAGAGAGGUGGUAAGACCGUUCAUACUAAGAAGAUCGUCGAUGAAGGUUUAAACGGUGUGGAUUCAGUCUCUCACAUCUUGGUGUUCCAAAGAACUGGUUCUGAAGGCAUUCAAAUGAAAGCUGGAAGGGAUUUCUGGUGGCACGAAGAAAUUGUUAGGCAAAGAGGUUAUUUCCCACCUGUUCCAUGUAAUGCAGAAGAUCCUCUUUUCUUACUAUACACAUCGGGUUCAACAGGUACCCCCAAGGGUGUCGUACAUUCCACAGGUGGUUAUUUACUAGGGGCUGCCUUGACAACUAGAUAUGUCUUUGAUAUCCAUCCAGAAGAUGUUCUAUUCACAGCAGGGGACGUGGGUUGGAUUACUGGUCACACAUACGCCCUUUACGGUCCAUUAACUCUUGGUACCGCUACCAUUAUCUUCGAAUCCACACCAGCUUACCCAGAUUACGGUAGAUACUGGAGAAUCAUCGAACGUCAUAAGGCUACUCAUUUCUAUGUGGCUCCAACUGCAUUAAGAUUGAUCAAACGUGUUGGUGAAGAAGAAAUUUCUAAAUAUGACAUUUCAUCAUUACGUGUCUUAGGUUCUGUCGGUGAACCAAUUUCUCCCGAUCUAUGGGAAUGGUAUCAUGAAAAGAUUGGUAACAAGAAUUGUGUAGUCUGUGAUACCAUGUGGCAAACUGAAUCUGGGUCACAUUUGAUUGCACCAUUAGCUGGUGCUGUACCCACCAAACCUGGUUCAGCCACUGUUCCAUUCUUUGGUAUCGAUGCAGCAAUCAUUGAUCCAGUAACAGGUGUAGAAUUGAAGGGUAACGACGUUGAAGGUGUCCUUGCUGUGAAGUCUCCAUGGCCAUCCAUGGCUAGAUCCAUCUGGAACAAUCAUAUUCAUUAUAUCAACACAUACUUGAAACCAUACCCAGGUUAUUAUUUCACAGGUGAUGGUGCCGGAAGAGAUCAUGAUGGUUACUACUGGAUCAGAGGUAGAGUCGAUGAUGUGGUGAAUGUUUCUGGUCACAGAUUAUCAACUGCUGAAAUUGAAGCUGCAUUGGGCAAUAACGACCACGUGUCUGAAGCUGCCGUUGUUGGUAUUACUGAUGAAUUGACUGGUCAAGCCGUUGUCGCCUUCGUUUCUUUAAAGAAAGAUUUCGCUCAAGACAACGCUACAGAAGGUGAUUUCUUACAUGCCACUCCUGAUGACUUACGUCGUGAGUUGAUUCUACAAGUGAGAGGGGAAAUUGGUCCCUUUGCUGCACCAAAGAGUAUUAUCCUAGUGAGAGAUUUACCUAAGACAAGAUCUGGUAAGAUCAUGAGAAGAGUGCUAAGAAAGGUUGCAUCUAACGAAGCUGAUCAAUUGGGAGACCUAUCAACUUUAGCGAAUGCUGAUAUUGUCCCAUCCAUCAUAUCCGCAGUGGAAACCCAAUUUCUAGCGACCAAGAAGAAAUAA